AUGAAUAUAUUGAGUUUCCUCUUGCUUUCAACUACCCUCUCUUUGGUUGCCUUUUCCAUUUCUGAUACUAAUGUGAAUGUUAUAUCCACUCCUGUGUUGGACAGGGAGGGCAAGUCACUCAAGAUAAACGAGGAGUACGUGAUUAAUAGUAUUGCCGUUGGCGGUGGAAGCGUAUACUUAGAUAAUAUUAAAAACCGUACACAAUGCCCAAACGACGUUUUGCAUGACAGUUCUGGUUCUUUUUAUAACAGCACAGCCGUCUUGUUUUAUACUAUGCAACUUGGAAGUCUUUUCGUUUCUGAAAACCAAGAUGUUAGUAUAAUGUUCUCAACUUCUUCUGUAAGUAAGUCAUGUGUUAACGAAACUGUUUGGCAAGCUGGUGAUUACAUGCUAGGCCCCAUACAUCCACCACCUAGGUUUGUUAUAACUGGUGCUACCUUAGGAUUUCCAGGACCUAAUAACAUAAAGAACUGGUUCAAAAUAGUGAAACAUGAGACUGGGAGACCUCAUUCUUACAAGUUAAGGUAUUGUCCUAGUAAAUUUAUUUGUCCAACAUGCCAAGUUGAUUGUGCAGAUGUCGGAUUGUACAAGGACAGUGGACGGACCCGUCUUGUUCUCAAUGACGAGACUUAUGCCUUUGGCUUUAGCAAAGUAAACAACCAUCUUGAUGCAUAG